AUGUCAUCCCAACCGGCAUGGCGGCCGCUGCCGCUGCCUCCCUCGACCGAGCUACCAGAUCUCCUCAUCUCCAUCUCGACAGGAGCCUCCGACUACACCAUACGCAUCACGGACAUGGCCAACACGUGGGUGGAGAGCCUCGAGCGCAAGGCCAUCUGCAUGAGAGCAUGGGGAGAGAACACCACCAUCGACCCGAGCGACACGCCGGAGAACAUGACCAUCUUCCUCUCUGCCGUACGCUCAGCUCUGGACCCGACCUACGACGGCCACGACAAGACGUCGCUGAGCCUGUCAUCAGCCUCACCGACGGAUGCGGGGGAGGGCGGACUCACACUUCGAUGCACCUGCGACAUCCCCGGGCUGAAGCCUCUUGAGUGGCCGAUACAUCUGAGGAAGGCCGCGUCCUCGGCCACCGCCACGUCUCUCGUCCUUCCCCUGGUUCACGCUCAGUACAGCCGAGCGAGGGAGGUGGAGUCUCUCGCCGAGAUGCUGCGUGACAAGGAUCGUGUCAUCGGAAAACUCGUCGACAAGCUGGAGGCUAGCGGGAUGGGAGUCGAACAUGUCUUCAACCCACUUUCGGGGAACAGGAAAGUCAGCCGAUCCGUCGCCGAGGCGAGAGUCAAGGGUCUCGCACCCUUUGAUAGGAGUCAGUGGCAGGGAGCUAUGGACCGAGAGACAGGCCCCGACAGCACGGGAGCCUUGCUAGGUGACGUUUUCGGUCCUUCCCGGAAAGUACCAGGGUGUGAUUGUUCGGGAGGUGAGGGGUUACAGAGACUGGACAGAUGGUGGCUUGACCUGCACCAGACCCUGAAGAUUCCUCGCGGUACUGAGCCGUCUCAGCCUUCUCAAAAGUCAGCCAAGGCUAGAGAUGAGACGUCCGACCCCCCUGUCGAGGAGGACGACGAUGACUUUCAGAUCCAGGAGACACCGCCGCAUCUCAGAGCUUCAGAAAAACAACAGGACCACGCAGCCGAUGACAUGCCCACGGAGAGCGAUGAUGAUGAUGAGCCGUCUCCUGCGCCGCCACCCAAGCGGGAGUACGAAGUGCCUGAGCAGAGUGCCUCUCCCACCAGACGCAUCGGCGGCGUCGGCGCCAUGGGCAGCAGAAAAGAAACUCGCAGAGAGCGCUUGGAACCUCCCGCACAGAGGGAUGAGCCAGAUUCCCCUGCCAUCACAUACGCCGGCACUAUAGGGACCAAGGAGGAGACUGUCGAGGAGGAAGAAGCCCCUGCGACGAAAGAGAGAGCCCAAGAUCCGGAUGGAUCCGACACUGCCUCGGACGUGGGCGAGGAGCAAGGGGAUGAGACAGCCUCGGAGGUAUCGGAGUCUCCAGCACCAAAUCCACCUCGUCCAGUGCCCGCAACGUCCCAGCAUGGGAGGCUGGGUCGCAUAGGUGGCGAGCGAGGCUCGUCCCCCCCGCCCAAGUCAAGAGAUGGCUAUCCUGCGCAGGGCCGCUCCCCAGAGAGCGUCGCUCAUCGGCCACGCAAGCUGGGCAUUAUAGGUCAAGGAAAGACAAGAGAGAAGGAGGAGGAGGCAGAGGAUGGAGAACAACGCGGAAGGUCCACCCGGAAGGGGGAGAUCAGGUACGAACCGAGAGAAACGUCGACGGAACGUGCAGACAGGAGGCGGGAGGAGCUCAAGCGUGAACUUGAACGGAAGGCCGCAGCAGGCCCUUCCAAAAAGAAGAGGAAGUUCUGA